UUACCGAUCGGUUUGCGUCAUAAGUGUUCAGUAUUUUUUGUGCAAUUUCGUUUAAUUUCACAAUCGAUAAACGUUUCUCGAAUCAUCCGGAGUGUAAAACACGGUGUUGCAAAACAGAAUUUGUCCCGGUGGCUAUGGAGAUAGAUAUACAUCCCCUGACAGAGAAUCCUACAUUAGCAUGGAAAGAAAUUUCAAAAACUCAGCGUGUCAUAAAAAUCAACACCAAACCACCCAAUUCAGUUGUUCCGAACAACAAAGUCCGGGUUGUUUGUAUGUCCGAUACGCACUCUCUCACUCAUCACAUAAAAUUCGAUAUACCGGAAGGGGACAUAUUUAUACACGCAGGGGAUUUUACUCGUUGCGGCAAGCUAGACGAAGUGAUCGAUUUCAACAACUGGCUAGGCAAAUUGCCACAUAAACACAAGAUAGUUAUUGCUGGUAACCACGAACUGAGCUUUGAUCAUACUUUCACUCAUCCAUUUCAAAAUGCGAACAGCUCUUGCUGCAAAAAGAUGGGCAGUAACAUACUUGAUGAGAUUCCCACUUUGGGAAACUCAAAAGAAAGCCUGGCGGAAGCAGUGAAGACGCAAAACAUUCGACAGUACCUGAGCAACUGUACCUACUUACAGGAUGAAUGUAUUGAGUUGUAUGGUUUGAAAAUCUACGGAACACCCUGGCAGCCGGAGUUCUGUAAGUGGGCUUUUAACGUCAAGCGUGGCAAAGAUUGUCUUGAAAAAUGGGAACAAAUUCCGGAAAGCCUUGAUGUCCUGAUUACCCAUACGCCUCCAGUCGGCCACGGCGAUCUCUGUUGUUCCGGGGUUCGGGCAGGUUGCGUCGAAUUGCUAACGACAGUAUAACAGCGAGUCAAACCCCGAUAUCAUGUUUUUGGCCAUGUCCACGAGGGUUACGGUAUCACCUCGGACGGAAAGAUUAUUUUUAUCAACGCUUCGACUUGUGAUAUCAAUUAUUUGCCAAAUAAUCAACCUAUCGUAUUUGACGUCUCUCUUGCGAAUGGACGUACAAAAGAUGAGUGCUAAACUCGAACUGUUAAAUUAUGACCCGACAUAAAUACCAUGACAACGUUUGCAAUAGGCUUAAGAUUAAUUCACCUUGUUUAGCUUCAUAUGCUAGUCAAAACGUUUGCUUAGCAAUCUUAUUUUGCACCUGAUGAAAGUUCUGAUAAAAACUAUAGAAAAGUUUCCUUAAGAUAAGACUAAGUAUAAAAUGAUUAGCUUAUUUCAGUAUGAAUUUGUUUUCUGGACCAUCAGAGAUCGCAUUCAAGCGUUGCUGGAUAUGAUAUUCGAAAUGCUCAUUGUGAAGGUUAUUAAUAUAUCUAGUGAAAGUUCAAAAUAUCUAGUAAUGCUCAAUCUUAUAAUGAAAACUGGAUGAUGAUCGAAAUUUCUACCAUUGACAUAAACUAACUGAGCUUUGAAAGCAUAUUAUGAAGAAAAGGUUAUCGUACGGGAUUUCGGAGUUGGUUUACCAUAUUAUUGUCGUUAUCACGGCACACAUGUGCCUAUUUUUUACUUGACUAUAAGCCGAAACUAUCACAUAAAGUAUUAUAGGAUACGGUGAAAAAUAAAGACACAAUCAGUUGUACAGAUAAU